AUGGGCUGUGGUGCGGGCGGGCGCGGGUCCGGGGCGGGGGCCGGGGCGUCGGCGGCCUGCCCUCUGUGCCGGCCGUGGGCCCGCCGCCGCCGCGCCCAGGCCCCGCUCGGCCCGCCCCAACGCCGCCGCCGCCCGCCACCGCCACCGCGACCCCCGGACCAGGCCCGCCCCGGACCCCACGGCAACGCCGCCGACGGGCCCGGACCCCCGCCCCCAGCCCACAGACAGCCCGCAGACCAAGAGUUUAUAUUCAGAGCACCAAUUAAAUUAAGCAAGCCAGGGGAACUGCGUGAGGAAUAUGAAAGCCAGCUCAGAAAGUUGAGGGAAGAAAAGGUUCAAGAAGAAAGAGCACCUGACGAUCUAAUCCACAAGUUGUUGCUGGAGGAUAUGGAAGCGGGGAAGAGAAAAAUGGAAGAACAGCAGAAAAAUGAGCCACUUACCUUGAAAGCGAAUCAAGAAUGCUGUCCCGAGCGUCUCUCGGAUUCAGAGAACGAAGAACCGCCCCACGGCAAGGCAGUCCACCGAUCGGCAUUCGUGUCCAAGAGCAACACCUAUUCCUUAACUUUCCUGACAGGGAACCUCCAUUCCAAAAUGGAGAGGAGUCAGAGUUGCAAUGACACGGUUCCAGAGAGAGCAAAGAGUCGGCUGAAGCGUCCGCCCACCAACAAAACGAAGGUGACGUCGGCGACCCCGGGGUCCAACCCCCUGGCGGGGGUCCUGCUGUCCACCCAGAACAACCGCUGCCUCUCGGCUCCCGACCUGGCGGCCGAAAAGCGCCCGCCUCUGGGCUCGCUGUCGUCACUGUCCACCCUGCACAAGCCCGAGCGUUCGGUCAGCCCGGAGAGCAACGACAGCAUCUCCGAGGAGCUCAACCAUUUCAAGCCCAUCGUCUGCUCCCCGUGCACCCCUCCCAAGCGGCUCCCCGACGGCCGGGUGCUCAGUCCCCUCAUCAUCAAGUCCACGCCCAGGAACCUCAGCCGGACCCUCCAGAAGCAGACCACCUACGAGGCCAGCCCCCGAAUCCUCAAGAAGUGGGAGCAGAUCUUUCAAGAGCGCCAGAUCAAAAAGACCCUCUCCAAAGCCACCCUGACCUCCUCCCUGGCCCCCGAGCCGGGAGACGACCCCUCGGCCCCCGACGCCCCCCGGGCCGACGGACCGGCGGCGAGGAGCCGGGGGCCCGAGGCCCCGGGGCCGGACGGAUCGGGCCCGGACCCCGGGAUCCCCACCGCGAAGAUGGCGGGGGUCGGCUCGGGCCCGCCCGAGAACGACCCGCCGGGCCCGGUCGUCAAGACCCCGGCCAAAAAGCAGGCGCCGGCCCUGAACCCCUUCGAGCUGCCCUUCCUGCCCAACGGGGCCCGCGAGGCCGGGGAGAGCCUGGGCGGCGAGGCCCUCUCCCUCCCCCCGCCCCCGCGCCGGGGCUGCAAGAGGCACUGUAAGACCAAGCACCUGGAGCAGAACGGCUCCCUGAAGAAACUGAGGCAGGCCUCCGGCGAGGCCCCGCCCCCCGGCGUGGACCGCAGGCUCCGCCAGGAGGAGGAAGACAGGCAGCUGGCCCUCCAGCUGCAGCGCCUCUACGACCACGAGCGCCGGACGAUCAGCAGCAGCAGCAGCAGGCGGAAAGGGACCGCCGACCAGUACCUCCUACGACCCAAGAGCUCCACGGGGGCCAAGUAGCUCUUCGGGGGCCGCGGGGCCUCGUUUCUAGUGGACGCUAGGGUUGUCGGGUGAUGCGCGGGAAGGACGGUGUUUCCUCUCUUUUUACAAAAAAAAAAAAAAACCCACAAAAAAAACCCGACAGAGAAAACAUUCAUCUUCAGCACCUCAGAUCCGGUCCCGAGGAAUCUGGUGCCGGGGCCUCCGGUUGGGCUGUCGCGGUAGAAAGGGACCCUCCCCGCCCCCACCUCCACCCCCGAGUCCAAAUGGGUAAGAAGCGUUUCACAUCCUAGGGAAAGCCCCUUCCUCCCCCACUCCCCCAGAGGGAGUUAGGGAAGGAGGGAGGGCCUAAGUGCCGAGGCCCUUCUUCGGGGGGCCGUCCCCGAGACCCCGAAGUCCAAGAGCGACCGCUGCUCCGAGACCCCCUAGAAAUCGAAAGAGAAAAUGUUUGGGGAGGACGCACCCCCCCCCCACCCAACACCCCAACCCCGUCAAGUUGCUAGCCUGUUCGUCUCUUCGGGCGGCCUAGCGGUUGAAUGCCAAAAACCCGGCCAGCCCACAAAAAUAUCUUCUCCUCCCGUCAUCCAUCCGCCCUGGGCUCUCUGUUUUGCACAUCGCGAAUAGAAAAGGGAAAAAAAUCAAACUGGCGUCGGUCCAUCGUGACUUGCCCACAGUCACCCGAUUUGAACCGUAGAAAGAAAGAUAGAGACGUUCCGUGGGAGGCCUUUUUUUUAAAGAGGAAAAAAACCCAAAAACAUCGAGCCGACUGCGCCCCGGAAGAAAGGUCGAUGCUCUUUAGACCCCUGGCCCUUCUGGGGUUCGAUCAGCACCGAUUUCCCCUUCCUGGAGGCAGUAGCUACUCAGGCUGGCUAAGCAACGCAACUGGGGUUUUUCUUUCCCUAACCUCUCUCCGAGGCAGCUCUCGGUGCGGAUUUUGAAGAUCUGGUGUCAGGUGGUUCCCGAGUCAGUGUGUGCAAACCGGAGAGGGGCCGGCCGGUCUGGUAGCCGACCCCCAGGGUCCCGGGAAGCCCCCCGCCCCCUUUCCGGAUAAAGCCACCGCUUUCUGCCCUUCGGGUAUCUCUGGUCUUGCCGUCGCAAACGUCAGCAUGUGUCCUUCCCCGUCCCGUCCCCCACCCCGUGACAACCAGAAAUGCACUUUUCUCCCCCUUCUCCCCACGACACCUUUUUAAAGAAUCCGGGAACGCUUUUUUGGUUGUUGCUGAAUCUCGUUUGGGGAGCGGGGCGAAAAGAGAUGAAUAUAUUUUACUUGAUAAAUCUAUAUAUUUUAAAUAUCUCCCCCAGUCAGCAUUUUGGUGAUUAAAAAAAAAAACAAAAAUACGCCGUAGACGUGGCGACGGUCGUCGACCCCUCGGCCUCGGCCCGGCGCCCUGGGUUCACCUCGAGGAUCCGGUUUAGGCUUAAGGAGCGGCGCGUGGAUAUCCCCGGGCUCUUCCUCACCUUGGGCGAGGCCGAGCAGCCUUUGUUCCCGAAGGAACUCCCAGUCUACCCGGCCGGUUCGGCCGGGAGGGGAGUUAGGAGGUUUGGAGACUCAACCGAGGAUUCGUCUACAUUUUAGAAUAGUCUCGGUUGCCCUUAGGAGCCCAGGCCCGACGGGUUCCCUUACGGAACAUCUUUCUCUCUCUCCCGGCUUUUCUGUGGGGAAGAUUCUUCAGAGGCGAGUGGCUGUCCGGAACGCAGCUCCUUCCAAACACGAAGUGAAAGGUGAAGGCCGCUGAGUGGAAAUGGAAGGGAACGUGUUUUCGGGGCGCCGGUGCGACCUGACUCGGUAGGGUUUUCUGAUCCUCGUGAGUAGGUGUCUUUCGGAGGGUUCUUUUUAAUUAUUUUUAGGUGGAAAAAAAGGGACGUCCGGGUAACGUGGAGCCAUCUCGGAUUGGCCUCAGCCCCUCCCGGUGGGAUGACUUGCUGAUUGUAGAUACCGGCAAAGGAGGCCUCGGGGCAGCUUGGCGUGGCCUCGAAUAAGCCGGCGCUUUCGGUCUUGCUUGGGGCCCGACUCCCCUCCCAUCUUGUCCCAUCUCGGAGUCUGUCGCGGACUCCUGUCGGCAGCUGGACGUUUUAGUAUUUUUUGGCGGAGGGAUGAGGCCUUGGUUUCAGGAGCCAAAGUUCCCUGCCCGUCCCUUCUGAAAACGGGCCCCAGAGGGGAAAUGCCCUCCAGCUCGGGGAGCCUCGUAACGUAGCGUCGUAGCCAAAAGACUCGACCGGGAAGCCAUCCCCUCGUCGCGCCGGUGGAGUCGGUGGCGAAAGAUGUGCUGCUAAAGUCUCUGAAUGUAUCCGCGGGCUGACGGUUUCGGGCGGGGGGCCGCCCUGGGGGAAGAAGGUCCGUUUAUUUCUCGGGAGCCAACUCGGUGGGUGUCCGGCAGGGACGCGUGCCUAUUUCCUAAGUGCUUUUUCUGGUAAAGAGUCUGCUUUCCCUUUCCACCCCAGCUGGAAACCCCCAUUGCUGACCCCCCGCCACCUCCCCCGGGCACGGUUUUCCGGCCACGCCCCCGGCCCAGGCCGGUCAAAACGCCGACUGGAUCGAGCUGCUCGGGGUCAAGAACGGCCCUCUCCGUUGGCCGCCGCUCCGGGUUUAGUGACCUUCGAGGUGACUGCAGAAGCAGCGUGGCCUAGUAGAGCAGAGGCUUAGGGGUCGAGGA